UACGGAAGACAAACGUGGAAACAUAUGGCUUAGUCAAUACAAGACUAUUACUGAUGAACAGAGCCAAUGGACAGAGCAGGAAGUUGCUGCACACCGAGGCACAUAUUUCAAUGUGUACAGUUGCUUUGGGAUCUACUUCAACAUGGCCACCGUCGGCACAGGUGAAAGCGAGCCUGCACAGACUGACAGUAAUGCCAGUUACCUCAGAGCGGCCCGAGCUGGGAACCUUGAGAAGGCCCUCGAUUAUAUAAAGACUGGUGUGGACAUCAACAUUUGCAACCAGAAUGGGUUGAACGCUCUUCAUCUGGCAUCUAAAGAAGGCCACGUGGAGGUUGUGUCUGAGCUCAUUAAACUUGGUGCCGCUGUGGAUGCCGCAACAAAGAAAGGCAACACAGCUCUGCAUAUAGCAUCCCUAGCUGGACAGGCGGAUGUUGUCAAGGAACUUGUGAACAAUGGAGCAAAUAUCAACGCCCAGUCUCAGAAUGGCUUCACACCACUCUACAUGGCUGCCCAGGAAAACCACCUGGACGUUGUCAAAUUCCUGCUGGAUAACGGAUCCAGUCAGAGCAUUGCCACAGAGGAUGGUUUUACUCCACUGGCCGUAGCUCUCCAGCAGGGUCAUGAUCAGGUGGUGUCUCUGCUCCUGGAGAAUGACACCAAGGGAAAGGUGCGGCUACCUGCCCUGCAUAUUGCCGCUCGUAAAGAUGACACCAAAGCAGCGGCGCUGCUCCUGCAGAACGACCACAAUGCAGAUGUCGAAUCCAAGAUGAUGGUGAAUAGAACGACAGAGAGUGGCUUCACCCCUCUCCACAUUGCGGCUCAUUACGGUAAUAUCAAUGUAGCGACGCUGCUUCUGAACCGAGGGGCUGCCGUAGACUUCAAGGCAAGGAAUGACAUCACACCUCUCCAUGUGGCAUCGAAAAGAGGAAAUGCCAACAUGGUCAGGCUGCUGCUGGAGAGAGGAGCCCGAAUCGACGCCAAAACCAAGGACGGCCUGACACCUUUACAUUGUGGAGCGAGGAGCGGUCAUGAGCAAGUAGUUGAGAUGUUACUUGAUCGUGGAGCACCCAUCCUCUCUAAGACAAAGAACGGCCUUUCACCGUUGCACAUGGCCACGCAAGGAGAUCAUCUGAACUGCGUUCAGCUCUUGCUUCAUCAUGACGUGCCCGUGGACGAUGUCACCAAUGAUUAUCUGACAGCCCUGCAUGUCGCUGCACACUGCGGACACUACAAAGUUGCCAAGGUCCUCGUGGACAAGAAGGCCAAUCCCAAUGCCAAAGCACUGAAUGGUUUCACACCGCUUCACAUCGCUUGCAAGAAGAACAGGAUUAAAGUGAUGGAGCUGCUGCUGAAACACGGAGCGUCCAUUCAGGCUGUGACUGAGUCUGGACUCACGCCGAUUCAUGUGGCCGCUUUUAUGGGCCAUGAAAACAUUGUGACUCAGUUGACAAAUCACGGAGCGUCUCCUAACACAAUGAAUGUGAGGGGAGAGACGGCGCUUCAUAUGGCUGCCAGGGCUGGACAGGCAAACGUGGUGAAAUUUCUGGUGGCGAAUGGAGCAGAUGUGGAUGCAAAAGCCAAGGACGAUCAGACCCCGCUGCAUAUAUCCAGUCGCCUGGGAAAGCCAGAUAUAGUUCAGCAACUGCUGCAACAUGGGGCUUCACCUGACGCCACCACCACAUCUGGAUACACGCCGCUCCACCUGGCCGCCCGCGAUGGCCACAAAGACGUGGCAUCCAUCCUGCUGGACAAUGGAGCAUCUCUUGGCAUCACUACCAAGAAAGGAUUCACUCCCCUGCAUGUUGCAGCCAAAUACGGGAAGAUUGAAGUUGCUAAAUUACUGCUACAGAAGCGAGCACCACCUGAUGCAGCUGGAAAGAGUGGACUAACACCACUGCAUGUUGCUGCACACUACGAUAACCAGAAAGUGGCCCUCCUUCUGUUGGAUCAAGGAGCAUCUCCACACGCUGCAGCGAAGAAUGGCUAUACUCCACUUCACAUAGCUGCCAAGAAGAACCAGAUGGAGAUAGCGACCACACUGCUCGAGUAUGGAGCUGAUACCAAUGCCACGACACGCCAGGGCAUCAGUCCUCUCCACCUGGCGGCUCAGGAGGGCAAUGUUGAUAUGGUCACGCUCCUGCUCGCCCGUGAAACUGCCAUCAAUCUAGGAAACAAGAGUGGACUGACCCCUCUUCAUCUGGCGGCUCAAGAGGAUAAAGUCAGUGUUUCAGAAGUGCUGGUUAAUCAUGGUUCCACAAUCGACCCAGAGACUAAGAUGGGAUAUACACCCCUGCAUGUGGCCUCUCACUACGGCAAUAUAAAGAUGGUGCACUUCCUCCUGAAGAACCAGGCUAAAGUCAAUGCUAAAACUAAGAAUGGAUACACACCUCUUCAUCAGGCUGCUCAGCAGGGUCACACACACAUCAUUAACCUUCUCCUGCAGCACGGAGCUUCUCCUAAUGAGCUGACAGUGAAUGGAAACACUGCCUUAGCUAUCGCCAGGCGUCUGGGUUACAUCUCUGUGGUUGACACACUCAAAGUCGUGACAGAGGAGACACACACUACUGUGACUGUGACGGAGAAACAUAAAUUGAAUGUUCCAGAAACAAUGAAUGAGGUUCUGGACAUGUCUGAUGAUGAAGUUCGUAGAGCCAAUGUGCCUGAAAUGCUCAAUGAGGACUAUAUUUCAGAUGUUGAUGAAGGUGAAGAUGCGAUGACAGGAGACACGGACAAGUACCUGGGACCGCAAGACCUGCGAGAGCUCGGAGACGACUCUCUCCCUCAGGAAGGAUACGUGGGAUUCAGCGUCGGAGCCCGGACGGCCAGUCCUAAAGUCAGUCUGCGCUCCUUCAGUUCGGAUAGGUCCAACACACUCAACCGGAGCUCCUUCACCCGUGAUAGCAUGAUGAUUGAAGAGAUCCUGGCGCCGAGCAAGGAUACGGGGGUCUGUAGAGAAAUGCCCACCCUUGUUGACUCUCAUUAUAAGCACCUGGCCUUAGCAAAAGAUUACAACGCAGACUCAAUGAGACGCUAUAGCUGGACUCCAGACACUCUGGACAACGUGAACCUGGUCUCCAGCCCAGUCCAUUCAGGGUUUUUGGUGAGCUUUAUGGUGGACGCCCGCGGCGGGUCCAUGCGAGGAAGUCGCCACAAUGGCAUGCGCAUCAUCAUCCCGCCCCUCAAGUGCACUGCGCCAACACGUAUCACAUGCCGUCUGGUCAAGAGACACAAGCUGGCAUCCCUGCCGCCCAUGGUGGAGGGAGAGGGGUUGGCGAGCCGGCUGGUGGAGGUGGGCCCAGCGGGGGCUCAGUUUCUGGGCCCUGUGAUUGUGGAGAUCCCUCAUUUUGGGUCCAUGAGGGGGAAAGAGCGAGAGCUCAUUAUGCUCAGGAGCGAAAACGGUGAGACCUGGAAAGAGCAUCAUUAUGACUGCAAAUCUGAAGACCUCAUUGAGCUCCUGAAUGGCAUGGAUGAAGAGCUUGACAGCACAGCAGAUCUGGAGAAAAAGCGCAUCUGCCGGAUCAUCACAAAGGAUUUCCCACAAUACUUUGCGGUGGUAUCACGGAUCAAACAGGAGAGUAAUCAGAUGGGUCCAGAUGGAGGGGUCCUGUCCAGCAUGACAGUACCUCUGGUCCAGGCCUCAUUUCCUGAGGGUGCGCUCACCAAGAAGAUCAGAGUUGGACUGCAGGCCCAGCCUGUUCCAGAUGAAGCUGUGAAGAAGAUCAUAGGAAAUCGUGCCACCUUCAGCCCUAUAGUUACAGUGGAGCCUCGCAGAAGAAAGUUCCAUAAGCCCAUUACCAUGACCAUACCUGUGCCUCCGCUGUCUGGAGAGGGUGUGGUGAAUGGCUACAAAGGAGACCCAACACCAAGCCUGCGCCUGCUCUGCAGCAUAACUGGUGGCACAUCGCCGGCUCAGUGGGAGGACAUCACUGGCACUACACCUCUCACCUUUAUGAAUGACUGUGUGUCCUUCACCACAAAUGUGUCUGCCAGGUUUUGGCUUGCCGACUGCCAUCAGACCCCAGAGACCGUAGGUUUGGCCACCCAGCUCUACAGAGAGCUCAUCUGUGUGCCCUACAUGGCCAAGUUUGUUGUUUUUGCUAAAAUGAAUGACCCUGUGGAGUCUAGCCUGCGGUGCUUCUGUAUGACAGAUGAUAAAGUAGACAAAACCUUGGAACAGCAGGAAAACUUCGAAGAGGUGGCCAGAAGCAAAGAUAUUGAGGUGCUGGAAGGGAAGCCUAUCUAUGUGGACUGCUACGGCAAUUUGGCCCCUCUGACCAAAGCCGGACAGCAGCUGGUUUUUAACUUCUAUUCUUUCAAAGAAAACAGACUGCCGUUCUGUGUGAAGGUUAGAGACAGCAGCCAAGAGCCAUGUGGCCGCUUGUCCUUCCUCAGAGAGGCCAAAACUUCCAAGGGUCUCACUCAGACUGCUAUCUGUAAUUUAAACAUCACACUGCCAGGACUCAAGAAGGAUGUGGAUUCAGAUCCUGAGGAAGAGACUGAAAAGCCAGAACGACGUCAUACCUUUGCAUCUCUAGCCUUACGUAAGCGCUACAGCUAUCUGACCGAGCCUGGAACGAAAACAGUUGAACGAAGUACAACAAGAACACUGCCUGCUGGUUACGCUCACAAACCUGUCUUUUCAACAAGAUCUUACCAGGCAUGGUCGACUGCUCCUAUUACCGUCCCUGGGCAAACAAAAUGUGGACUGGGUUCCCUCUCCAGUUCACCUUCCAACACGCCAUCUGCUUCGCCACUAAAGUCUGUGUGGUCCAUUUCCUCUGCUUCUCCAAUCAAGUCCACCCUAGGAACAUCGAAUGCUUCUCCUGCAAAAUCAGUUAGCGAUGUAGCAUCACCCAUUAGAACAUACAGAUCUAUGUCAUCUCCAAUAAAGACUGUGGUUCAACAACCCCAAAACCAAAUUUCUUCCAGUCUCCUGUCUUCGCCAGGUAAAACUGGCACAGAUCCAGUGUCCAUUAAGGGGCUCGCUGCUUCAUUGUCCUCAAGAUCUAACUUGAUUUCAUCACCUGGAUCCAUGCUAGACAGAACUUUCACCACAGUGACUCAAUCAGAUUCUAUAAAGUCAACCGCGAAUACAUACACAUCUUUAUCAUUUAAAUCUACCCUGGCCCCCACAAGCAUAGCAGCCUCCUCUCCCUCUCGAAACAUAACAAGCUUGUCCUCUAUUAAAACAACCACAGAUGCAGCUAGGGGUACAAUUCUGUCAUCGCUUUCUUCAUCAGCUAAGCCUACAAUAUCCAGUAAUGAAACAGUCCUGUUAAACGGAUCCAUUUCACCGAUAAAAUACCCCUCAUCCUCCUCUGCAUCUUCUCGUCUGUUUACAGGAGGGGCUUACAGCUUACAUGAACGGAUACAGGCCACGACGCAAGCAGCUACGGCUAGUGUUGGUGCAGCCUUCAGUGAAGCUGAGAAAACACUUACUGCUGGCUCAGCGUCAAAUUAUAAUGCUCUAAAAUCUGUAUCUUCACCUUUAAGAACAAAUUUACCAAGUUCUGUUUACGAUACCCUUAGAUCACCAGCCACUACCACCACAUCAAUAUCAUCCAUUUCCAUGUCCGUUCCAGUAUUUUCCGUGGUCAAUGUGCUCCCUGAACCCCAGGCGAAGAAACUCUCUGACAAAAUAACAAUCACGCCUCAGACACACACCCAAGCACAGCCCUCAACAUCUCGAAUUAAACCCUCAAAGCCCUCGCUUUUUAUUUCUCCAACAGUCCUCAAAGCUGCUGCCGCACCCACACUGACGUCAAGUCAAGAGAUUCUUAUGGAUGUGGCAGAUAUGAAGGAAGAUCUGAUAAGAAUGACUGCAAUCUUACAAACUGACACGUCAGCCGCAGCCAAAAGCUUUCACUCGCAUGUUUCUAAAGAGCCCAGAAUAGAGGAUGAAGAACCUUUCAGUUUGGUUGAGAAAGUUAAGGAGGACCUUGUCAAAGUUAGUGAAAUUCUCACCAAAGAUGUCCUGAGUGAAGCCAAAAACUCAAGUAAAGACAGGGCCUCAGAAGAUGAAUGGGAAGAGUUCUCUAAAGAUGAAAUUGAGGAGGCACGACAGAGUACCCUGCGUUCCCUGCCAACAUUUGAACCAACCCUUCCUGUCGGGCCACAGUCAGUGCCAGACAAAGAUCUUAAUUUUGCUAAAGUGGUUGAUUACUUAAUGAAUGAUCUUGGUGCCAGUUCCCUUUCAAAAAUAGCUGAUGUAAAGAGCAGGUAUGAUGAAAUAAAGAAGGAAGGGGAGGAAAAACAAAAGCGUACUAUGAAACCAGAGCACAAGCUCAAAAUGCCACCCACAGGUAUGCGGACCUCUCCCUCAGAGAAAGACUUGAGUAAGUUAGCGGAAUCUUAUAGUGGCACAGAUGCUAUCCUGGAAUCUCCUGAUGACUUUUCCCAUGAACAAGAUAAGAGUCCUCUCUCAGAUAGCGGUUUUGAAACCAGAAGUGAAAAGACCCCAUCAGCUCCUCAAAGUGCAGAGAGCACAGGGCCCAAACCCCCCUUCACAGACGUGCCUAUUCCCCCUGUCAUAACAGAAACCAGAACUGAGGUUGUUCACGUCAUUAGGAGCUACGAACAUCCUGAGGAGGUCUGUGAGCCACUAAUGGAUGAGGCAGCAGCUUUGAAGCCUCCGGUUGAGCCUGAGCCAGCAGUUAGCUCGAUCAAAGAUAAGGUAAAAGCCUUGCAGAUGAAAGCCAGCUCUGAGGAACUGGCCUGCGUCAAAGAAGAAACUCAUAUCACCACUACAACUCGAAUGGUCUACCACAAACCUCAACUGAAAGAUGCUGAAGAAACAAUGUCAGUCCGAGACAUAAUGAAAGCUUUUCAGUCUGGAAGAGACCCUUCCAAAGAAUUUGCUGGUUUAUUUGAGCAUAAAGCUGGCCAAGAUGGCAUUAAAGGAGAUGAAUUGUCGCCACGGUUCCUCGAAAAGGAUAAAAAACCCAAAGUUGAGAGAAUAAUUGAGGUGCACAUAGAAAAGGGCAACACAUCUGACCCAACAGAAGUUAUAAUCAGAGAGACCAAAAAGCAUCCAGAGUUUAUAUGCAGGAGUGACCGAGGUCUCAAGGAGCUUGUUGAAAGGGUUGAUGGUGAUUAUGAGGUUCUUCAAGAUGAGGAGGAACUUACUGCUGAAGAAUCACUGCCAUCCUUCUUAGACGCAUCCAGAGUCAAUACACCUGUUUCUCAAGAGGAAGAGUCUCGUCCCAGUUCAGCUCAGCUUAUUGCAGAUGAAUCAUAUAAAGCUUUAAAACUUCUAAGCCAGCAUUCUAUUGAGUAUCAUGAUGACGAGUUAUCUGAGUUGAGAGGGGAGUCAUACAGGUUUGCUGAGAAAAUGUUGCUCUCAGAAAAAUUAGACAUAUCACAUUCUGAUACUGAGGACUCAGUGGCAGACCAGGCACAUAGCAUAGCCACUGAGGUACAUGGGGCAGAAAGCGUAUAUGGAGAAAAAGUAGCUGGCCCCAGGAAGGAGUCCAAAUUAAAGUCAGCAAGGGAUGCAUCAGACAAAUCAGGUAAAUAUCCCCCACAAGAUGAGCAAUAUGACAAAGUUACAGUAUUGCAUUAUACCACAGAACCCGGUAGCCCUAAACAUGCAGUGUGGAUGAGAUUUACUCAGGACAGGCAGGACAGGAACAGAGAGAAACUCAUAUAUGAAGAUAGAGUAGAUCGGACCAUUAAGGAGGCAGAGGAGAAACUGAGUGAGGUUUCACAGUUUUUUAGGGACAAAACUGAAAAGUUAAAUGAUGAGCUCAAGUCCCCCGAGAAAAAGAAACCAACCAGAUUAUCACGAGAGACACGUUCAGGGCCAAGCUCAACAUGCAGCAGCCCUGAGAAAAAGCAAAAGACUGCAGCUGAGGAAUGGGACAAAGGCAGACAGAAGAUGUUUGGCAGCACAAGCGAAAAGAAAAGUGCAAGUCUGCCAAACAGUCCCGAGAGGCAUAUGCUGUCACAGUUCAGUGAGGACAAGCCAAAACAGCACGAAGAUCCUAAGCAGGCAAAGUCAGGUGAUACAGGCCCCCCAGUCCCAGUUAAGACUUAUAGAGUGAGUUCUGUUCGACAAAAGUUUGAAAUAGAAGCACAGAAACAGGAUCAGAAUUUGCCUCUAACACAGUCAAAACAACCAGUUAAAAAAUUACCAGAAAGUAAAUUGCCAGUGUAUCAGUUUUAUACUGGUUCAAAACCCUCGAAAGCUGACUCCACAGAUGAAGGACACCCACCUCAUAAAAAACUAACAGAAACUGAUAAAACUAAAGUAACCCCUCACAGUAGCAGUAGUACUAUUGUCUCAAAGCAGUCGGGUGAAAAAUGUGAAAAAUUUAACACGUCAGAUACUGUUAAAAGAGCCUCACAUUUUGAGAAAAUGAAAGAUCGACAGUUUUAUAAAACUCAGGAGAGCUUUAAUAAAGUUGACUCUCAAGAUUUGAAGGAUGGAAAUAUUGCAGACAGGCAUAGUACACUUAAUGAUAUUAAAGAGCAGCAGUAUCUAAAGAGUGACACUUUGUCUAAGGAUAACAAUAUAAAUAGGAAUGACUUUCAGAUAAAGACCCUUAAGAAAAAGGCAGAAUCUCAUAUUCCUGUGAGAACAUCACCUGGUUCCCCAGACAAUAAUCAGUCAAAGAAGGCAAAUCAAGACACAUUAACUAAAAUAUCUGAAAAGAGCCCAUCGCACAUAACUACCCUGUCUAAACCGAGAGUUCAGGGCCGUUCAGAGUUACAGAGAGAGGAAACCACAACAAAGAGGUCUGAAGAAGUCUCUACUGAAAGUAGAACAACAAGUGGUCUAAGUGACAGUAGUUCGGUUGAAAAAAUAUCCACUAUUACAACAAGAGAAAGUUUCAAAGGGCUUAAAACUUUACCAGUCUAUGUAAGUGUUCAAGUAGGGAAACAGUCUGACAAAGAUAUGGGAGGAGGAGGAGGAACCAAUGGAACAUUCAAAAAGAUGGUUAGCUCAGAAAGUCGAACAAUUUAUGCAGUUAAACAGAAACAGCCCACAUCUCCUCAAGGCAGCCCAGAUGAUGACACUUUAGAACAGUUCUCCUUUAUCGAUAGCUCUGGCAAAAGUCCUAUGACUCCAGAAACACCAAGCUCAGAAGAAGUCAGCUAUGAUCUCACCUCGAGAACCCCUGAUCCAUUUGUUGCAUUUAUGCCAGGUAUUGCAAGCCCAAUAGCUGAGGUUUCAGAGGAGUCUGAAGAUAGUGAACAAGACAGAGCUAUUCAUUUAAAAGAAUCUGGACCAGAAAAAGAAGCCAACAAUAAGCAUGAAACUGGCCAGGAGACAAAAGACAAAAGAGUUGCAUAUAUAGAGUUCCCUCCUCCACCACCCUUGGAUUCUGAUUCCUCACAGCCUGAGAAAAAAGGGUCGACUCCUUCCUCAGAGGCUGAGACUGAAUUGAUGGAAGUAAAUCUCCAAGAGGAGCAUGAUAAACAUCUUCUUGCCGAACCUAUAAUAAGAGUCCAGCCUCCAUCUCCUGUGCCCCCAGGAGCUAAUGAUAGUGAUUCAAGUGAGGAGGAGGAAUCUAUCUUUAAACCUAUUCCGAUCAAGAAAUAUACCUUUAAGAUUGAUGAGGACAAAGAUUUGAAGAAAAGCCCAUCCAAAACUCCUGACAAGAAUGGGAAUGAUAAAGAACAAGGGACAAAUGGUAACGGAAAAGCAGAAGAUUAUGAUUAUGAACAAAAUGGCAAUGAUCAGUCCAUCACAGAUUGCUCAAUAGCGACAACUGCAGAGUUCUCUCAUGACACUGAUGCCACUGAGAUUGACUCUCUUGAUGGAUAUGAACUUCAAGAUGAGGAUGACGGCUUAAGUGAACCCAUCGCCAAACCAUUUGGAUUUCCCAAUGAAAACAGAAAGGAUCUUUGGGCAUCAGAUAAUAUGUCUAGACCAAGUGAUCGUUGUCAAAGUAAACUUGAAGUAAUUCAUGAAGAAUCACCAGCUGAGGAUUACAAAAAGACCAAAGCUAAGACUGAUCCCUCAGUCAAAAGAAAUGGAAAGGACAGUGAAAAGGAUGAGAAACAAUCUGAUCAAGGAUUGUCAGACACUUACUUUAGUUACAAACUAGAUGAGGAGUUUAAUACUCCUUUUAAAACUGUUGCAACAAAAGGCUUUGAUCCUUGGUCAAGCAAAGGAGGAGAAGAUGAAGUUGUGGAUGCUAGAAUUAAAGAUGAUGAGCCAAAGCCAUUUGGGCUAGCAGUAGAUGACAAGUCUACAGCAACAACCCCUGACACAACUCCUGCAAGAACCCCAACUGAUGAAAGCACACCAACUAGCGAGCCAAACCCUUUCCCCUUCCACGAAGGGAAGAUGUUUGAGAUGACCCGCAGUGGUGCGAUUGACAUGAGCAAGCGGGAUUUUGUUGAAGAGAGGCUGCAAUUUUUUCAGAUCGGCCCUCAGAGCCCCUGUGAAAGAACAGAUGUACGCAUGGCUAUUGUUGCUGAUCAUCUUGGCCUAAGUUGGACUGAGCUGGCCAGGGAAAUGGAAUUUUCGGUUGAUGAGAUAAAUCAGAUCCGUGUGGAAAACCCCAACUCAUUGACAGCUCAGAGUUUCAUGCUAUUAAAGAAAUGGGUUAGCCGUGAUGGUAAAAACGCUACAACGGAUGCCUUAACUGCAAUCCUGACUAAGAUCAAUCGGCUGGAUAUUGUGACAUUGCUGGAAGGGCCGAUAUUUGACUAUGGUAACAUUUCAGGCACAAGAUGUUUUGCAGAUGAUAGCGCAGUUUCCCAGGAGCAGGCUGAUGGUUACCACAACAUUGAGCUGGAGCUCAAGAGUCCCUCAGAGCUGACCUAUGAGCCCCCUACCCCUCUGCGCCAAGAUGAUUUCUUUAGCCUAAAGUUCCCCUCUAGCACCCCUGUUAGACCCAGUGAACUGUCCUUGCCAAACACUAGUGGCCCAGUGUCUGCAGAUACCAAGCCACCUACCGUCAUGGCGGAGGACACUUCUAUUGGAGGCCGAGAGUAUGUUGGCCAGGAGGAUGGUUCUGCUGAAGAUGAUUUUGAUGUCGGCAAAGAAUCAGCCGCCACCAACAAACAACGUGAGAGUGAGGGAACCCCAAAAGAAGCAGAAGUCUUCCCAAACAAUCCAGUAAAAGAGCAGAAGGAAGUCCAACCUAAGCUUCCCGUUUGUGUCUCAGCUAGUAAAGCUCCGGGAGACAGUGGCAAGUCUGGGUUUGAUGAAGAAGAUGAAGAGAUGACCCAAGAGAAGAUAAAGUCUCUCUUAGAGAACAUUAAGUUGGAGGAAGGCUCAGAGGAUGAGGAGAUGACAGAGGAGAGGUUACAAGCGAUCCUCUCUCAAGUUCAGCUGGCAGACAAAGACAUGUCUUCAGUUUCAGGUCUGCAGAGUGAGACUUCCGGUACAAAUGGGAAGACAGCAACUUCGGGCCAGGGACUGAGUACUGAAACACAAGGGCAGAGAGAGUUCAGCCAAGAACUAAUGUCAUCAACACCUGGAGUGAAAACUGAGAGGCAAAAUGGGGAACAUCCAGAGCUCCAAGCCCAAGCUCGCUUGUCAUCAGACGCCAGUGAGUCUUCCAGUAAACCAAAGGGCAAAGCUAGAAAAGACUCUGCUCAAGAAGUAAGCAGUGAGGCCCUAGAGGACAGAGGACCAAACAACAGGGGGGAAGACAUUUCCGAGGCUAAAGUCCAGCAGGAAGCUCGUAGAGAUAAUGAAUCCAGUUCUGAUGGGGAAGAAACUGUCACCACCAGAGUGUAUCGGCGGAGAGUGAUUCUGAAGGGUGAUCAGGCCAGAAACAUCCCUGUUGAGACUGUGACAGAGGAGCAGUACACAGAUGAAGAUGGAAACAUGGUCACCAGAAAAGUCAUCCGGAAAGUGGUGCGUCGCACAGCUGGUGUGGAGGAGAAAGGCAGGAGAAAGCGUGGGAAGCGUUCCCGGCAGGCCAAUAGGGCCGAGCAAGAUGAACAAGGGGGCCCCGGGCCCCACAGAGAGCACACUGAGGCUGGAGAAGGAGGGAAGGGCAUAAAGAAGGAAGGAAGACAAAGAGAGAAAAUGGGUCAAUCGUAACAGUUGUGUUCUUUUUGAUCUGAAAGUGUUUCAAAAUCAUUUUCCUAUGAGGAGGAUCACUGGAAACGCGCGCAGGAGGUCAGGGGACGAGGAUCGUGUGUCUGCAGCUUUCAUAAAAACAAAAGGUUUUCCGCCAGAUGGCUUUUGAUUUCGCAUGAGCAUGAAAAAAAAACUUGUUUCUGUCAAUAGCACGGAACGGCUAAUGGUCGAGAGGACUCUGUUGGUGUGACGUUUCGAUCGACUGGUUCCGGGGGGCGUCCGAUAUGAGACGCUCCGACGGCAGCCCAAGCACUUCCGUGACCAAAGAGGCCACGAAACAUACUGCAGAUUGACAGAAAAGGAGGGACUCGUUCGAAUCACCUUCUACACUCGCCUUACAUUUUUUUUCCUCUCGGACCCAUGAUGUCGGGGUGUAUAAUGCUGUUGGAGCUUAUGAUGUACAUAAAUUACACUGUAAAAAUUUGAAAGUGGCUCACGAUAUUGUUAAUGCACUGGCAAGUGUGUAGGAAUGAACUACCAAUUCUGAUUCCAAUUUUAAGGGAACGCUUCGGUGUAACUUCACAUGCACUUGUAUAAUUAUUAGCAAGAAAAAUGUUUGUAAAUGAAAAAAAGCCAGCUUGAUUUUAACAAAAGAUGUUUCUUUCAAACCUGCCGCGGUUUUCAGUGUGUACGAACAUUGGAUCCGCUGUAGUUCUGUUUAAAGAAUUCUUCAGAGUACUAAUAUUUUCAUGCAUGUGAUUCACUUUAUUUUGAUUUUUCUAAACAGCAUAACACACAAGAGAAGGGGGAAUGAUGUUCUGUAUGUAUACACUCACAGCCUUGCUAAUGCUCAGUUUUUUGUUUGGUUUUUUUUUUUUUUGGUUUUUGAAAGACGACUGCAUCACACCACUAUUGUUCAGCUUCACUAAAAUACACUGUGUCCCAUCACAUCACAACGGCAGGAUCUCUAUGCAGUGACAGAUACAGCUGCAAUCCGAAGGCUCACCGGUACGCGUCGCGUCAGCCGGCGUGACGAACUUUUAACUGUUCUCAUGUGUAUUGGCUCUAAGAUGUAGAAGUCUUUUUCUGUCAGCCAGUCGUUUGUAAUCAUUCUAGCAGUGUAUCACUUCUUUUCAAAGCUGCUGUGGUUUUGGGGGAAAUUUUACUUUGAUUUUGGUGCAUUGAGAAAUCACGAGCAUUCAUGGAUGAUAGAUCUGGUAACAAACAUAUGUAUGGGGAAAAAAAACAAACAUACACUGGAUGAUCAAAUUAAUUAUUUAAGCUUAUAAUAAAUUGUGUUCAAACCCUCA